CUGAUCCAAACAACCACAAUGGCUGCAAUAUUCUCACGCUGCCACUCGAACCACUCCAAAUCACUCCAGAUCUUGUGUAGAAAACCCAUGGCUUCAAAUCAUGCUCGGAGGAGUCGAAGUCGGUCUCGAAGCCAGGAUAUAAUCCCCACCUAUGAUAGGAGAAUUACGAGGGAAAGAGAGUCUGUCAUAGCAGACAGACAUAUUUCUGGCCAUAGCCGACGUUUGGGAAUGAAUACCGAGAGAGACGCACCUCGUCGAUCACGAUCCCCCAUCCGCUCACAUAAGCACUCAAGAUCCCGGUCUCGCAGCCCCAGACAUAGGCGCCAACGGCCAAGGUCUCGUUCCCGCUCCCGCGGCCCCGAGCGCUCGCACUCUAGGGAAAGGCAUGAACGGCAUAAAGACAGAGAAAGGCACAGACAUAAGCGUUCACGCUCCCGUUCAAGUUCUGUAUCAAGUUUAUCGGACACGGAUUCGGAGCGAAGGCGUCGCAAGAAGAAAGACAAGCACCGCAGUCGUGAGGAGAAGAGGGAACGAAAGAGAGAGAAGAAAGACAAGAAAAAGAAAAAACAUGGGACUGCCUCUGGUGCUCAGUGGGGAAAAUACGGCAUCAUCAAUGAAACCGAUUUCUACAACAAGACCCAAGAAUUUCGUACGUGGCUUCUGGAAGAACGCAAGAUCAACCCGGAGGCCAUAUCCAAGGACCAGGAGCGCAAAGAAUUCGCUGUUUUUGUCGAGGAUUAUAACACCGCAACCCUCCCUCACGAGAAAUAUUACCACAUGGAAGCGUACGAACGACGGAUGACGUCACUACGAGCCGGCGAGUUCGUUCCACCGGCGGAAGACUCCUAUAAUCCCGAAGCUGAUUUGCGGGCUCACUCUUUACGACACAAGAAAGCGCCCGCCGAGCACGAAAGCUACCUGAGCAAAGAAGAGCUUAUGGAGUUGAGGAAGGUUCAAAGUGAGAGAGUCGAGGUUGGGAAGAGGAAGCUCUUGGGUAUGGAAGUGAAACAAAACAUGGGGGUUCGAAUGGAUAGAACCAUGUUUGAUGAUUGAUAGGUAGUAGGUAGAGGCCAUUCUGAUUUCUCCAAGCUUUGAAGAUAGCGAGGACGCAUGAUAUCUGCUUGCAUCGCCGGAAUAGCCGAGAGUAAACUUAGAAUAGUAAAAACAGUUGUAUACAGACCUAAAAUUACAGCACCUGUAACACGCGUUGUUCUCUGUUC